AACAUUGGGUGCCUGGGGCCCUGGCACAGUCGUGGGGGCAUCCUGAGCUGAAGCAGGGUUUUGGGCACCUGCUGCUGCUGCCAUUGUCACCAUGGUCUCAGCUCUGUGGGGAGCACCGUUGAUCAGGGUAUGCUCAAACCCCGUGUCUUCUCCUUCUGUGAAUGGACCGCUGAGGCUGGUGAGCCGCCUGUCAUCCCAAAGCUCAGCUCUGAGCCAGAGUGGUGGUGGCACCACCUCUGCCGCCAGCACAGAAGCCAGGAGCAGGGCUCUCAGACGGCCAGCUGGGACCAUGUUGUUGGCCCUGGUCUCUCUGCUUAGCUGCCUGCUCCCCUCCAGUGAGGCCAAGGUCUACAGUCGCUGUGAACUGGCCAGAGUGCUGCAGGACUUCGGGCUGGACGGAUACCGGGGAUACAGCCUGGCUGACUGGGUCUGCCUUGCUUAUUUCGCAAGUGGUUUCAACACAGCUGCUGUGGACCACGAGGCUGAUGGAAGCACCAACAACGGCAUCUUCCAGAUCAGCAGCCGGAGGUGGUGCAGAAACCUCACCCCGAACGUCCCCAACAUGUGCCGGCUGUACUGCUCAGAUUUGUUGAAUCCUAAUCUCAAGGAUACUGUCAUCUGUGCCAUGAAGAUCGCCCAAGAGCCUCAGGGUCUGGGUUACUGGGAGGCCUGGAGGCAUCACUGCCAGGGCAAAGACCUCACGGACUGGGUGGAUGGCUGUGACUUCUAGAUGAACGAGACCACGCACAGCAGGCUGGGAAAUGUGGUUUGGUUCCUGAGCCAGGCUUGGGAAGACAAGCCCACGAAUAAAGUGUGGUUGAACGUGAA